UGUGUCUGCAAUAAUUACUGUGAUGUUCUAAGGGUGAUUUUCAGCAGCAGCUGAAGGCUGGUGAGUCAGAGCCACAAUGUUCCAGAUCCAGGGCCUUACGCAGAAGCUGGAUAUGGAGGGGAUGAAACAGAAGGUGUGUGAGGAUGUGAUCUCCUCCAUAUGGAACUUCCUCAUCUAUGUGGCCCUGCUGCAAAUCAUUCAUUUUAUCUUAAAGAAAUUGCAUAGCAUAUGAAGAAUGAGUAUCACACAUGAAUGUAUAAUAUGCAG